UAAUCCCUUCUCUGAAAAACAACGACCAUGAUAAUGAUUAUGUUUAUAUUAGCUUUCAGGCAACACGACCACAAUUUUUUCGGAAAGUGCUGAUUGCGACAUGGAAACGUGGCAUCCACUCUCCGGUUUUGCCGUCCAAUUAAGAGUUUUAUUUCUCUUUCAAGGGUGUCAUUGUUUGAGCACGGCUGCACGCCCACCGAGCUCUUAGCAUUGCAAUUAUUUGCUAAUUAUGUGGCAAUAGAGUUUUAGGAACUAAGUAUUAAGUCCAGAAUAGAUGAAAUACUCGAAGUCCUAGUCCAAGUUGUUUGUAUUGUUUGUCAUCGAUUUUUACAACCAGAAGCACAAAGAGAAGAAAAUAAACAAGUACUUAAAAGUUUUGCACUUCAUUUGCAGGAGAAGCUUAGAGGGAUAGUAUCUUCUUGGACGACAUUUGUUCUUGACAUUUUUGGCUAGAAAAAGAAUUGUUGUGUGAUGUUAUAUUUUCUCUCAUUGGUAUUGGUUCUCUGUUCGUUGUGUUAGUGUACUUACUCUAAAGAGUCCCGUCAUUGUUGGGCACCAUCAAAUCAUAAAGUACCAAAACAUCAAAAGUAAGAAAAGCGGCAGAAGCUUUUCACUUCUUGAACUCCCCUGUUUUUCUUUGAUUGCUACUUGUUGGUUCAUCUUCUGUUUUUUUUUUUAUCUCUCUCCAGUACUCUCGUCGUUUCCGUUUGCUUCUAUUUCUGCCUAUCGCCUCCGAACCAAAUAUUUGUUAUAAUCCCUGACGAGCACGACCAACUUGCUCGAGGAAAUUGUAGCAUUUGUCCUUGUGAAAGGAUUUUUCUGUGCACUAGAUCCUACUGUGCACGUUGGUUCCAGUUCUAAGGUGGGUCAACGUAUGAUCUUUGCAUAAUUUUUGUAGGAAGGAGACGUGAAGAUGGCGGAUAGUACUGUAAUUGUGCUCGGUGGCGGGCUAUCGGGAAUGGCGGCCGCCAACACCGUGAUGGAGCAUGGAGGUAAUGUAAUUCUCCUCGACAAGUCGGCGUUUUGCGGAGGAAACUCGACCAAGGCAACAUCGGGUAUCAACGGAGCAAAUACCAAAUCCCAAAAGGCGCUGGGCAUCGAAGAUUCCGUGGAGUUGUUUUCCUCCGAUUGCCUCAAGGGAGGAGCCAAGAAGCCGGAGCUUGUCAAGGUAUUCCUAUUGUUCAUCAUGUCAAUUUCUUGUUGCUUCUAGUGUCUUGUCGCAAAGGACCAUCUGGUUGUAGAACAAGUGACUGCAUAGAGGUGCUCAACAAGAAAAAUCUCUUUUUUUUAGGCAUCUUCCUUAUGAUCCAGUAGAGUUAUUCUACUGAAGGAUGCAUACUGAAGUAGGAUGUUUCAUUCUUCUAUUUGUUCUUUUACGAUAAUGUUUCAUUGCAACAUUAUAACGCCACCAUUGUUAUUUGAAUCAUAGUUUAUUCUCUAAUGGUAAUGUCGACGGCAUCUUCGUCGAGAAAGUUGAUAUAGAGCUACUGGCCAAAUUGGUAUCUUAUGUGUUGUUGUUGAGAUUAAUGAUUCAUGAAAAAGUAGAUCAAAUGCAAAUUUUAUUACCGUACCUUGAUCUACAUCUAGUACUGUUGAGCGAGAAAAAUUCUUGAUUCAACAUCCCAAGGUUCUGGCCACUAACUCGGGUCCGGACUGCGAUUGGCUGAUGGAUGUUUUCGGCUUAGACUUGUCGCUUGUUGCCCGUUUGGGUGGUCACUCUGCCCCCCGUACACACCGUGGAAAGGAGCGCUUUCCGGGUAUGACUAUCACCUACGCGUUGAUCCAGAUGGUCGAGAAAAUUGCGGAGAAAACCAACGGAUCAGCCGCCAAGGUUGUCACCAAGGCCCGGUAUUAUUCAGUUUUCGUUUCCACCUCUUCUUAUCGAAGAGAGUUUGAGACAACUUUUUCAUGAUCAAGGGACAUGUGAAACCAAAGACGGUGUUUGUGACAUUGUGAUUUACUUCAUGGGAUUUUUUCGUUGCGUACAUGCAGCAGUUGCAUCAAACAAAAAACCCGCGGCAAACUAUUACAGCGCUACAAGCCUCAUCUUCCAAGGAGGAAAGGUCGUUGGUGUCAACUACGAGAAAGGUGGAUCGACGCUGAAGGAAAUGGGCCCGGUUAUCAUUGCUACUGGCGGUUUCGGCGCGGACUUCUCGCAGGAUUCCCUGCUCGCUCAAUAUCGUCCGGAUCUCAUGCAUCUUCCGACGUCGAACGGAGAGCACUGCACUGGUAAAAACAAGAGAAAUUUUCUGAUGUUAGAAAAGACCAUUGCCAUGCGGGAUGCUGGUGUGUUGAAUAAUGUUUCCUAUAUUCUGCAUUGCUUAAGCUUAACUUAUAACUUGGCACCUACAUGAUAUCGAAAAUCUAUUCAUUGUCCUCGAGACCAUGUCCUUAAUAUUUGUAUCUAAUAUUUUUGCAGGUGACGGUAUCAAGAUGGGUGAAGCCGUCGGUGCCCGCACCAUCGACCUGGAGUGGGUUCAGGUUCACCCAACCGGUCUGGUGAACCCGAAAGAUCCGGAUGCGAAGGUAAAGUUCUUGGCCGCUGAGGCUCUCCGAGGAGUUGGCGGUCUUAUCUUCGAUGACGAUGGAUACCGUUUCGCGAACGAACUCGGCCGUCGGGAUUACGUCACCGGCGAGAUGUGGAAGAACAAAGCGCCCUUCCGUCUCUGCCUGAACGCGGUACUUACAAGCUCCUCUAUUUCCACGACAUCGUGAACUUGUUCUCUCGCUCUUCUUAGGUUGGUUCAUGACCUUCCAUCGCGUUAUCUUUAUUUAUCAACAUGACGAUCGAUGAAAAAUUUGAAUGAACAAGUAGAUUCUUGUUCAUUCUUGUGGUCUCAUUCUCUCAAUUUGACCAAAUAAAAACUAGUGGUCAUGAUUGCUCGACUUUCUUUUACCAGGCUGCCUCUGAGGAGAUUAUCUGGCACUGCAAGCACUACACGGGCCGGGGUGUUAUGAAGUACUACGCUUCUGGUGCCGAAUUGGCGAAGGACAUGGGUGUCCCGGUUGAGCGCAUGGCUGCCGUCACUGAGGCGCACUAUCAGGCUUCGCUGAAACAAGAAAAAGACCCGGAAGGCGGACCCUUCCCGGCCUACCCGAGUGGACGCACUUGGGACGAACCGUCCGGAAAAACGGGCUCCGGCAAGAAAUUCUUCCACAAUGUCAUUCCAGGUUCCAAGUUCGCCACCGAACCGUUUUACGUGGCCAUCAUCACUCCGAUCAUCCACUACUGUACUACUUCUUUUCUGUCGCUUACUUUUUCUUUUUCAGUCUCACGAAAAGAAUUUUGAUCGAUGAUUAUAUUUAUAUGAUUUUUUAUGUGAGGACGACAUUACGAUCUUGUUUCAGCUAGAAAAAGAAGAACAAGAUUUGAACUAUGGAAUGAAUCAGAUAAUUCUCAUGAUCGAUAGUCCCAGUAUAUGUAUAUAUAAUAAUUAUGAGUUUUUAGGCAGCUUAUCCGCAAUACAUCUAGAUUAUUGAUUCUUCUUACUUCAUCUUCACAGGCAUGGGUGGUCUUGAGAUGACGACGAAGGCUGAAGUGAUCGGACAGACAGGGAAGCCGAUUCCGGGUCUGUACUGCGCGGGUGAGGUCAUGGGUGGCGUUCACGGAAACAACCGCUUGGGUGGUAACUCUCUUCUCGAUUGCGUCGUGUAUGGUCGCGUUGCUGGAAAAGCCUGCGCCGAGUAUCUUCUUGGCAAGCGCGUCAAGGCUACCUCUUUGAAGGACUUGUCUGGCGGCGGUAUUGUUCACUUCUAGAUUGCUCUCUACGUUCACAAAUUGAUUGAUACAGUAUCGUUUUCGUUUGCUCUAUCAAUGCUAGUAUGUACUGGCACGAAGUGGAACUGGAAGUGCUAAGUACUAGAUAUUACGUAAUUGUGAUCGUAAUGACCGUCCUCGGUCCGUCCUGAUCCACCGAAAAACGUCACUUCGUUCUGAUAUCCAACAUCAAGCGAUUUUAUAGAAGAAACACUAAUCUAGGUCCAUACGGAAAUACCUAGUAAAUAGUUCUCUUUUUUUUGUUUCCCAGGCGUUGUCGGCGGUGGAACUCAGAAGAGCGCUUUGUCUGGAGGUAGCUACGAAGACGCUCCGAGUGGAGGCGCUGCUGCACCGGUUGCGGCUGCAAGUGGUGCUGCUAGCGGAUACUAUUCCAUGGACGAAGUUGCAAAGCAUACGACCGAGAAGGGUACUCGCUAAUGAAGAUUUACCUUUGAUACUCUGUAUAGGAUUACAACUCUACUGCGGUCUAUACUGCGGUCUCAAGAGUCAAGACGCAAGAUUUGCUCAACCACAACGUAAGUGGGUCAACUCCCUGUCCGUCUACUCAUUAGUCUGGAUGGCAUAGUCGUAGUGCCAGUUAUUUUUCCAUCUAUCUACCUUUUGUACCUCAAACACAACAGACUGCUGGGUCGUUGUCGACGGAAAAGUCCUGGAUGUUACGAAGUUUCUGCCGGAUCACCCUGGAGGUGUCUUGGCUAUUGUCACUUUCGCUGGAAAGGAUGCUACUGAAGAAUUUAACAUGAUUCACCCCCCGGAUGUCAUCGAAAAAUACGCUCCCGAUGCAGUAAUCGGGCAGAUUGGUACUUCUUAGCUCAGGAUCAUACUUUUACUGUUCUUCUUGUUAGUUUGUCAUUUUGAGACCUUUGUAAUCAUAAGGCGAUAGCUGUUCCUCCAGCUGUUGGUGCAGUAGUAGAACUUGUAGUUUUAUAUUUUGAGGGCAUGAAGAGAAGUGAGAACCGGCAUCAGCCAUGUCUUGCUUGUCUCAUCUUCAGGUACUGCGCCCGCACAGCCGGCUGCUGGCGGCGGCUUGGAUGCCCCACUGUUGAAGAAAGCAGCAGGAGGAAAGGGUGACUCGAUGGCAAACGAGCAAGCGUGGGGCUCUUGGCGGGAGAUGGGCAAAGAAGAGAAUCCAGGUGUGCUCUACGUCAACAUCGGUGGCUACUUCACGGCUGCCCUCAAUAUGGCGUCAGCGUUCUUGCUGGAGAUUAUUCUUACCAUCUUCUCGAUUUCGAACUUCAAGUUCACGAACGACCGCAGCGGUCUGACCCGAUCCGCCAUCCUGAUGAUCCUCUUUAUGGUUGUCCACGCCGUCGGAAACUUGCACAUCUUCCUCGGGCCGGAUGACUUCAACGGGUACUUCUACAGCACUGUUGUUCUUGCUGUUAUCUAUCAAUUCUACAUGUACUUACUUUAACUAGUUUCACUAGAUCCUUAGUUGUAAGAGUGACCUUCUUGUUUAUGAAUUAUAUGAAAUGAUAUUAUGGUAUGAAGCGUCCUCAUUGUUUGCGAUGAUCUCAAAUUCACAUUUUUUUCACAGAUACGGUUACUUCUACGUCCGCCUCUACUGGACCUCCCUUGGCAUUGUCAAGGCGAACAUUGUUGAAGUGUAUAUCGCCCUCGGUGCGAUUAUCCACGUGAUGGUCGCUUUGAAGCGUACCUGGGAUAUCAACCGCAACUAUGCGUUGAACAGCGGAAAACUGAACCUUGCGGUGACCGGUACUCUGCUUUUGGUCUUCAUGAUCAUCCACUUGCAACAGUUCCGCUUCGGUGCCACACAGAAGUUUUUGGUGCGCCCACCGCCAUACCUAGUGAACUUGAGCCCCAGCGACUGGAUGCAUCUCCGCCUCUUCUGGUCCACGGAUGAGUCUAUCAAUCCGGUGCCAGUGCGCGACAUCUACAAGCUCGAGUUCGAUCUCUUCCAAAAGCCGGUUUGGGUUGUCUGGUACUUCCAUAAUUCUCCUAGUAGUAAAAAGAUGACUUGCUUUGCUUUUCUUGUUCUUGGUACUGUCAUGGUACUGUCACUGAAUCACGUGACUAGUUUCCUUUGAAGGAACUCGGACUCUAUCUGGCGAAAUUUGUUACUUGUGGGGAAGAAGUAGAAAAUUUUUACUUUUGUUCGGCUUCGUGCGACUCGUCCUCAUAAUAAAGUCAUGUUUUCAAAAAUAAAUCACAUCAACAAUCCAGGUACUUGUUCUCUACCGGUAUGUUCCUGGCACAUGCCUGCUGGGGCUGGGCCAAGGUCGUCCCGAGUUCGCUCUUCAAGAUUCCCAAGGGACACCACAAGCGCGUUACCAACAUGGGUUACGUGAUCAUGCUGUGCAUCGCCUUGUGUUACUUCUCGUUCCCGCUCUACUGCUUCUUCGGAUCGAUGAAGCCGGGUGCCUUUGGCGUCGUCUAAACCACUGGGAAAGACUAAAAGUGGGAGCCCAAGAAGGUUGCAGCGUGCUUCCUCGUCUUUCUGGAGUAAGAAAUGAAGAAAAUAUGCAUUGAAAAUUUUGAUGAACAACAAUAAUGAUGACGCUGGGCAGAGAUGAAGAACUUUUACAACAAUAUGCCGACUUUUGUGCUCGUGGACGUCGAGGAGGUCAGUGGAGGCCCACUGCGUGUAGAAGCUACUUCCAUGGGCUCGUAUUCAUACAUCGCGAUGGCCGGUUUUUUUUACUCAGUAGAGUUGGUGCAGUAUUACCAGAUAUCUUGUUUGCGUAAACCAUAUCAACAACAGAACAUUACAAUUACGACGACGUAGUUGGGACUAGGAGGAACACACACAAGAUGAAGACAGAGGCAACUUACAACCCAUGCGCAACUCUAGGCAUCAACACCAUAAAGCCGUGCUGAGUCGUUCCUUUCACCUUCGCAGUUUGCACAAGCACAAAAGGGAUGAUGAGACACUUUUAGCAGAACGAGUCGUCCUUUGUGGCUGCAGCGUCAGGGCUUUCUACUGCUCCCUUGAACCUUCAAUGCUACCACAUUCAAGCGAAGAACAGCCUCGUCGCAGGAGCACACUCCAUGAUGCUCCCGAGGCUGUUCGGUGCAGUUUUAGCAAUACCCUCAAGAAUUAUUCCUAGUCCAAGUUUAUGAUAAUCAUAAGGUCGUUUCCAGUAGAGAAGUUAAGAUGUUGAUGAUUGAUGCAAUGCAGCUACAAAGGAUUUUCUUUGCUAAUGUUGCAGCUAAUUUUCCUCAUAUUUUAUUAUCUUCUCAACAACAGAUAAUGAAUGUAAGCUAGCAGGGUCUUGUUACUGGUCUUUCUUAAAAAGGUAGUAGAAGUAGGUAUGAAAGUCUGAGUCUGACUUUUUGUUGUUUAUCUUAGUUUUCGUUAUGAAGAUAUUAAUAAUAUGAUUCUCACUGAAAUCAAUAAGGCCGUCUAGCGCUGACCUAACUUUCUUUGAACAUGCAUUUUGCUAACUACUAACUAGCUUUAUCAAUCAAUAUCCGAAUCAACUUUUGAUCAGCCUGCACGGUUCCAAUUGAUCCAUUUUCGAUUUGUAACAUCAGCAACAGUUGCCUCGUUGUUGAUGAUAUCUGGUGGGGACGAACUACAACUAGAAGAUGUUGUAAGAUCGUGCAACAGAUUUGCGAAGCGCUUCGUCCAGUCUUACUACAGACGGGCCAAAGAUGAUCAGGGGGCUUGGUUUCAUACUGUUUAAGAUGAACUCGUUUAAAUACUUGGGUUGGGUGAUUCUACAUCAGUGCUCUGACCUCAAUUUGAGGUGAUCACUAUACGGUCGCUGCGCUAGAUUCUCCUUCGCUCAAGCUCGUGAGAUGAAGAGCUAGGGCGGCUUGAUGAUGGAUCCCCACUCCUGAUAGAAUGACCUGAUAGAAACCUUUCCUCAAUAAUCAUCAAAAUUUUGUGCGUUGUCGCACGAACUUGCUAUUCAAGGAAAAAUCACCCAAAAUAGUCGCGCAAUCGGAGAAAUUGUGGCAGUUAUAUAGCAGAACACCUAAUUUUACCAAAAAAGGACGUGGAGGGUAAGAAAUCGAAUUACGAUUAGAAAGUGGAAGUGCAGUCUGUCAGAAGAUAUAAUUUGCAGCGAAAGAGAUGUACUUACACUUAGAUGUUUGCUCUUUAAUUGAUUUUACAUAUAGAUGUUAUUUGCUCUUUUAGAAUAUACUACAGUCCAAGUGUGUACAAGUUUAGCUCGUUCUGUCCGUUAGGUUGUUACUAGGUGGUGUUAGACCUUCACUGUAUGAAGCAAAUGCGUCCACUGACUAGUUGGCUGCUUGUCAUGACUUCUGCAGCCGCCACGCUCCUACUUGCCGGAAUAUCGUCGUCCAACAGUUUCAUUCGAUACUUGCACCACCGUCGGUGGUGCAACUUUGUGGGUAUGCAUCGAUUUUUACCCGUCAAGCAUUCGUUAUGAUUUGUGUGUCAUCUGUGUAUCACUAGGCUCCCUCUCCAUCCUUUACUUAGCUGUACUCGUGUUGAUGUUUAUUAUAAUUAUAUCUCCUGAACAAAAUAUUGGACCAAGAACAAGUGGAUAUCAUACGAACAUCUUUUUCAUAUAUUCGCAUCCAUAUUACUAGGUAGAAUUACCUCAGACUCAGACAGUAGUUGCGUGUGUCUUCUUUUGAGCAAAUCUGUCUUGUAGUCGAGGGACUCGAUCCAAUACACAGCUAGAUAAUCAUGCAUGAUAUAAUUAUAUUAGUACGUGGACUGUGUAGCCGUAAUUAUCAGGUUUUAACAACCGACCGCAGUCGGACAGAACAUACACUGCAGAACUAAGAAACAUUUCCAGCAUUGUUGAAUGGCAAAAGGUUGCUUCGAUCCAGGGAUGCUUGGUGUAUUAUAUAAAUAUAUGUUACAACGACAGCGAAAGUCACAACUCUUUGGUCGCGAUGAAGGGUCAUUGUGUUCGGAAGGAUCGUCGAUCUGCUUCAAUGAAAUCUAUUUUCGGGGUUAGAUGUCGCACACCAAAGAGAAUCAUUAUGGAACCACCCGACCCCGACUCGGUUACUCGCCUAGUACCCGACAGGAGAACGAUCGGGUUUUGUCAGUGACCUACAUCGAUUUCUUAAGGAAUUAAGAAGAAUCUGUUGAGCAAUGUCGUGGUCUUACUAAUGAGACAAGCCCAUCUAACUACGAGUGCGAGAGCGUGAUUUGAAAUUGAUGUCAUCUGGUUUCGAGUUCUGUUGUAUAUUCUGAACAAGGGCUUUUCUGAUUCUGAACAAGGGCUUUUCUGAUUCUGAACAAGGGCUUUUCUGUAACGUGAGUAGUCUACUCUGGCCCUUGUCUUAUGUGAGUGACGUGCGAGCACUAUGCCCGCCAAAAUUUCAGUGUUGUUCUGCUACGAGUAUCAGCUAAUCAUGUGUUUCUUUUGUUCUUUUCAGAGAGGAGUGUUAGCUGCAGUGGGUCGCACAAGAUCAAGUGAAACAAGAAAUUCUGUCCCUGUGAUGUGUUUGGAGACAAGCAUGCAAAUGAGCAAAGGAGUACAAAAUGAAGAUGCAAAUUGGCUUUUCUGUAUCCCCACUCCCCGCUCGUCAGGCUGCCUGGUUCAGGCUUUCUUUCAAUUUUAGAGAGUCUUCCCCCGCUGUAGAUGUAGCGAAUUUUUGUGUUAUUCAACUGAGAAGUCGAGAAAUUAGUGUCCCCUUGCUGGUUUGAAUGAUUGAGGGGAACAUCCACAUUUUUCAGAUUUUCAAUCCCCAUAGCUAUUAAGUACAUACACCUAGUGGGGGCGUCGUAGUUUUUCAAUAAUUUCACCUGCUUCUUCGUUUCUUGUAAAGAAAAACGGAGCAAAUACAAAUAGAGCUGCAGCAUUACGAGCCUGGAGUCUUCUUUUCGUUUAUGGGAUAAAUUUCGUAGUCGGUACCAGAAAUUUGGUACUAAUUGGUAGAGUAAAAAUGGUGGGUCCUCCGAGCUCGAAUCAGAAGCUGAAGGUGUCGACCUUCACCCAUGAGCAGAUUGCCCAGCAUAACCAGGUACCAACUAUAAUUUCCAAAAUUUGACUCGGAAUCUUGACCUCUGUCGUUGUAGUUUUUAUUUUAAUCUUCAGGACGAGGACGAGGUUUGUCCGAAGUGCUUUGAAGAUACGACGGUUCCCUUCUGCCGCAGUAUCUUCUUCUCGUCUACGUGUCGAUGUCGUAGUAAUCUUGUUGUAGCACCAGUUAGCGACAUUUAGAUUUAAUAAUCAAGUCGUCAGAUAAGUAGUCUUCUAUUAAAGGUUCAUUCUGAUUCUGUCCUUGUCUAAGAAUGAAGGUGUGUAGCGUUUGAAUUUGAUCAUAAUUAUUUUUGCUCUUCAGGAAAACGACUGCUGGGUCGUGAUCAACGGCAAUGUGUGUGAUAUGACGCAAUGGUUGCUGGAAAACGAGGAGGACAAGAAGAUGUGCCUGAAAGGUGCCGGAAGCGACAUUAGCGCCACCUGGAACAAAAAACGGCCACGAGAUUACCUUUUGGUCAACUGCCCAUGGGCGAUAGUAGGAACGGUAGACACACGAAGCGAAACGGGGAACAUCAUAUCCAGUACUCCUUAUACGAGUUUCUGAUGAGUAAAUGAACUAAAACAAAGAGAAGCGGCUCAACAAUGUCCUGCUUUAGCGCCCGAGCAUCUAGACAAUGUCUAUGUCUGCGUCAUUAGUCAUCAAAUAAAUUGUACUAGUGCUAGGGGUUUCCAAGAAAAAAUAUGCGAGGAGUGCUUGUCGUUCAAUAUCAGGAUCAACAGGAACCGUCGAAAGGCUAACAAUCCAACAAAGAGCUAGAUUAGCGGGUAGAAAUCGCCCGGGAAAUCUUAGGCAGAUUGCCGAGUGGAUUCGCAUCAUCAAGCGAGGACUUCCCUAUCCUUACGAGUCCCUCUUCGUCAACAUUGGGGAUAAAAAUGAACUAAACAGAUUUCAACGCCAAAGUUGCCGCUGAGGUUGAGUUUAACAAGGCGAAAGGCACGUACUCCCUCGAAGAGGUCGCAAAACAUAAUAAAGAGUCCGAUGCUUGGGUCGCUAUCCAAGGAGACGUCUUAAACGUAACCGAUUUUUUGUCAGAACAUCCGGGUGGAAAACUCGUCAUUUUAAAUUUGGCCGGAAAGGACGCCACUGAGGAGUUUCUCUCCAUUCACCCAGCUGACGUGUACCGAAAGCACGCGCCUUACCUCAUCAUAGGCUCGACAGGUAUGCGUAUAUGAAAGAAAGUGUAACUGUCCGUCGCACAAUGUGAGUCUUCUUCUCUUGCCAAGAAUCAGAAACACAAAGCUAAACAGCAUUGUUUUUUCACAACAUAGUUAAAGAAUUUGAUUUCCUUAGGUGUUGAUUAGGUAACUAACGAGGUCUUUUUUCAUUUCCCAUCGCUCAGAUACCGAUCGCAAGCGGGGACCAGGCGCGGCAGGAGGACUGAAGGCCCCACUGUUGGACAAACCUGCAGAACCUGAAGAUGAGGGCAUUCUGGGCGGUUAUUUGGGCUCUGUGUUCUACGCGCUCAAGGCGGCUUUGGAGCAAAUCUUCUUGACGCUCUUCACAGUGAAGAAUUUCCAAUUCUCGAAUGACAGAACCGGUCUUACACGUUCGGCUAUCUUCCUUAUGUUUUUCAUGGUCAUCCAUGCUGUCGGAAAUCUCCACGUUUUCCUCGGCCCGGACGACUUCAACGGAUACGGAUACUUCUACGUGCGACUGUACUGCUUUGCCUUAGCAAUUGUUCGUUGAACUACCCACUUUUUAAGCACACCUUCAAUGAGAGAGAUGAAGAUUUUUUUAGCAAGUGAAAAUCUUCCUCGAUGAAAUUGAAAUUUGAAUUAAACGACUCAGGUACUGGACGAUGGGCGGUCUGAUGAAGGCAAAUAUUGUCGAGUUCUAUCUGCUGUUGGCCGGUUUGCUGCACGUUUCGGUCGCGCUGAAGCGAACGUGGGAUAUUAACCGCAACUACACACUUACCAGCGGAAAAUUGAAUCUGGCUGCCAGCGGCUCGAUGCUUCUAAUCUUCAUGAUGUUCCAUCUCAACCAGUUCCGCUUUGGAGCUACGCAGAAGUACUACUAUGUAUAGAGAUGAUUGGGGCAUACCUCCACACACGCCCCAUGCCCCCAAGGCAAACACAGGCCUCGCAAGUUGUAGUCAGUUAUGAUCUUUUCGACAUCUACAACAUCGAUAAAAAACUUCAUCCAUCUUCAUCCAUCUGACCACUCAUCCAUUAGGUAUGCUGUCCGCCCACCGCCAUGGUAUUACGGUGGUAUCAACUGGCCGGGUCUGCUGCAGUUGCGUUUGUUCUGGUCCGAUGAUGAGUCUAUCGAGCCAGUGUUGGUCCGCGAUAUUUACAAGCUGGAAUUCGAUCUGUUCCAGAGCCCGAGUAUUAUAUGUGAUUUAGUUGUAGUUCGUUUUCGGCUUCCAAGAACAACAAGGUCGUGGAGAGAGACGGGAAGCGCAUGGUGGUGAGAAGAAGAAAGGAGAAAAUGAAAAAUUAAACUUAUUGAUACUCGCUUCGCGAUGUGAUUUAGUUGUAGUUCAUGAUCAUUUCGUUGUCGUCUCCUAUUCCUACGUUGUACUGUUACAAAUUAUUUCAUAAUCCUCGGCCUUCACACCUCCAAACAAAGUCGAGAUGAAAACGUGGGAAGAAAAGCCGUUGUGCUUGGUCAUGUUCCACCUACUUCAUCUUCGCCUUUGUAGUUAUCAUUGAAAGCGAUUGCUGAAAUCAAAUAAAUCUUCACGUAUCAGUCUGGUGCGUGUUUUACAUCGCGGCGACUGGUGUCUUCAUGGGCCACAUGAUCUGGGGAUGGGCGAAGGUGGUCCCGUCAAAUGCAUUUGCGAUUCCGAAGAAGCAGGUUAACAAGGUACUUCGUCUAAUUUGCCUGAACUCACAAACACAAGAAGUUCGUUAAUGAUCAUUUUCUACGCACUCCAACAUUUGUGAUUUCGUGUACUCACAAAAAAAGGUACUUAACAGAUCUGCUACAGUUUAACUGAGGAGGACAACUGACAAGAGACACAAAUCUUCGAUUUCAGAUUCACAUUCGCAAAUACAACAGGUUAUCUGGUAUGGUUGGAUCUGGAUGGGCCUCGUCGCUCUCUGCUACUUCAGCUUCCCAUUGUACUGCUUCUUCCGACCAAUGAAGACCGGAGCCUUAGGCCAGGUGGGCUAAGAACUAGUUCGUACACAAGUUACAAGGGUUGAGAACGGGUAGAACAAGGGAUGUCGUUGUACGAGAUGGAAGACGGCGACACGGGUCUGGUUUGGUAUGGGGUCGUGAAGUAGAUCUAAAGAACGUAGUGACUUUGAAGAAGUAGGAUUUCAUGCUGUAGACCAAGAUAAGUCAAUUUCGAUGCUAUCAUUUGUCCCGUGACAAUGUUGUUCACCAGGCAGUUAGCGGCUGGUGCUCCUCGUCUCUUCAUCAGAAAAUUGAAGAUAGUACUCGAUGAAGACGAAGCACACGUAGACAUGAUUUCUUCGUAGCGUUAGGACGGACAUCAUUGAAGAUUCAAUUAUGGUAAUGCAAUUUUUUCUGGUCAAAAAAAUAUGAACAUCUUUUGCUUGAUUUAUAUCUCGUUUUCAGUGCAACUCCUCGUAGAAGAUAGAGAAGGAUGAUGACAAUAGGUAUAGUGGAUUGAAAAUGUCUCUAGCGCUAUGUAAUGGACAAAAGUUCGGAGAGACAUCGGUGGUGUGGUGCUGGUUCCGGAUGCAAUUAUCGGAAAAUUGCAGCACGAUCGGAAGCAUUCGACUCAGUAAGGAGCGGAAAGGCACCAGAGCAGCAGCAGUGACCCAGCACGAGCACCAAGCAAGAGCAAGACAGAAUGAACCUUACUACUGAUCGCUGGAAAGAAAAGAAUAGAAAACUACAAUUCUAAAUGAUGUCUAAAACCUGAAUUAGCUGUAACUGAGGAAAGUACAUACAUACAACAACAAGACAGACGAGAUUCUUGACUGUUUUAGUAGUAUAAGGCAAAUAUAUGUAAAAAAUGAACAACUGCAACCACAUCAAGAUCAACUACAUCUCGACAAACAGCCCUCCUUGCUGUGCCAUAGUUGUCAUCAUCCGAAGAAGUUGAGGAGACUCGUUAGGAGUUCAGGUAUUAGGCGGGUUCAUGGAAUAUUUUCGCUGACGGUACCGGGACGAGAUUAUGAAGUAUACCUUUCUAUUCAUCAGUAUUUAAGUUAAAGGUUAAAUCGAGCUAUUUGAGCAAAGAUUUCGUACGUUAACUAAACAAGAACAGGUGAAAAGAACUAACCGUCUGCUUGGUUCAGGCAUCUCCUAGAGCCGUUGCCAGGUAGCCCCGUGCUAUCGCCCGUCAAUUUUCAUGAUUCAUAUGCUGAAGAGUACUACAGAGGAAAAUCAAUAUGUACUAGCUUGGAGCGUCCGAUAACAUCCCUCCCACUAGGAUCCCCCUCCUCCCCAAAGUGAGAAACUAAGCAAGGCAAAGAUGUAAGCGAUAUGCGUUUUCAAAUUUCGAAAAUUUUCCACGUUUUGCCAUCGUUUGAGGAUUGGACCUCGUGCGUUUGAAGUCAAGCGCUAAGAUCCCAAAGCUUUUUGACUUUAAGCCCUUCCGCUGAGAUUCAACUUCUUGGAUUUGCAUUCUUCAAAUUUCGAAAAUUCUCCACGUUUUGCUUUCGUUUUGGGAUUGAAUUUUGUGCGUUUGAAGCGCUAAAGCCCCAAAAUUUUUGACUUUCAGCCCUUUCCCUAAGAUUCAGUUUUUUGGAUUUGCAUUUUUCAAAUUUCGAAAAUUUUCCACAUUUUGUCGUCGUUUUGGGGUUGAAUUCUGUGCGUUUGAAGUGCUAAAGUCCCAAAAUUUUUGAUUUCAAGCUCUUUCCCUGAGAUUCAAUCUCUUGGCUUCGCGUUUUUCCAAUUUCGACAAUUUUCCACGUUUUUCUUCGUUUUGGGAGUGAAUCCCGUGAGUUUGAAGCGCUGAGAUCCCAAAGCUUUUGACGUUAGGCCCUUUCUCUGGAGUUUAAUGCCUUGGCUUCGCGUUUUUCAAAUUUCGAAAAUUUUCCACAUUUUGUCGUCGUUUUGAGAUUGAGUCUCGUAAGUUUGACGCGUUGAGAUCCCAAAAUUUUUGAUUCUAAGCCCUUUUCUUGAGAUUCAAUCUCUUGGCUUCGCGUUUUUCAAAUUUCGAAAGUUUUCCACCUUUUUCGUCAUUUUGAGAGUGAAUCCGUUGACUUUGAAGGGCUAAGAUCCCAAGGCUUUUGAUUUUAGGCCCUUUCUUUGCAAUCUAAUUCCUUGGAUUCGCGUUCUCAAAUUUCGAAAAUUUUCCACGUUUUGUCGUCGUUUUGAGGUCGAGUCUCGUGAGUUUGAAGCGUUAAGAUCCUAAAAUUUUUGAUUUUAAGCCCUUUCCCCCGAAAUUCAAUUCCAUUGCUUCAUGGUUUCGUGGUUUCCUGGUUUCAUGGUUUCGCUUCGUGGUUUCAUGGUUUCGUGGUUUCCUGGUUUCGUGGUUUCGUGAACUCAUGGCUUCGUGAACUCAUGGCUUCAUGAACUCCUGGUCCUGGCUUCAUGGGUUCAUGGGUUUGGGGUUUGUUUGUUUUUGUGUCGGAGGUUUUGGGUUUGGGUGUUGGAGGUUGAGGUUUCCGAAGGGAAGUGCUUGCAAAGUUUUAUUGCUCUUAAUAUUGUGAUGCUCCGUGUUUCUCCUUACCUCUGUAAAGUGAGUGCUGAAAAGUAAGUAGCGAUAUGAGAAAUCAGUAGACUUCUUUAUAUCAUUCUUGUGAACAGCAAUAUAGUUGUUCAGUGCUAGUACAAAAAUGUGGUGAUACAUAUAUCAUUCUGAAAAAAUUACAAGUACAAUUCUUGUCCUUCAUCAUCAUCAUGAACACUGAUUUACGAACAAUCAACCUUUAGGAAGCGAUCGAGUGUAUUAGUUUUUUGUUAAGUAAAGGAGGAUUGGAAGGCAGGCUAUUUAUUCCACUAUCGUCUAAAACUUCAUCAUGACGAACAGGAUACGGACAUGAGCAAGACGCGUGAAAAUGAUCAUUUUCCUUAGUACUAUAAUGCACCGCUCUAUUAAUUAAGGUUGAGCAUGCUCAAGAUAGAAUGAACUACUAGAUAGUGAACCUGAAAGUAAAAUCGAUAAUUUUAGUUCUUAAUUGAACAAGGCGAAAUUGGGUUUGCGUUAAAGGUGUGAAAGUAAGUUUUUGCUAAUUCUGCUGGAUGGGAAUUUUUAUCCAGUAAGAUUACUUAUCAUGCGAAAUCAGAGCUGAUCGAUGCAUAUGCCAGGAAAUAUUGUGACCUUAUGCAGUCAUAGUCAAGUUCACACAGUUCAUGGACAUUGUUUUCCUCGGAUGAACUAGACCAUAGAAUAAUUGGAGGCACAAGAAGGCGAGGUAAAAAAAUUGAAAGAGAUGAUAACUUCCUUAACUAACAAACGACAAAGAAUCUACGAGCUCUGCGGGAUAAUCCAUCACUGUCGCCGUCGCUGGCACUUGCGACUUUUCUCGUAGAAGAAAGGCAUGUGACAACCGUAAUGGUAAU